GCAUUGUGUGUUUCUGUGCCCACUUCAAAUACUGCCACUCUCACCUCCUACCUCUUCACUAUGGUCCACAGUUCCAACAGUCACUCUACUGUGUUCAUCUCCAUUCAUUUUUGCCUGGGAUCACUGAGAUGAACCAGAGUCAUUUGUGAGACCUUGCUGGAGUCUGAUGUGCUCAGUAUAGGAUGACAACUAAAGGCAGUGAUUCUUCUACACUCUAUCCAUAGCCAACAUAUAGAGAGCUGUUCCACUUCCUAGACUGACUGUGGUCUUGUGUGAGGCCAGUGCAGGGAAGGACAGUUGCUGUUGGUUACUGAUUACAAUAGUUGUAUGGGAUCUAGAGGAUGGUGUGUCUUAGCCCUUUUCCCUCUUUCCCUUAUUUCCUAACCUACUCUUCUUCCUCAGUGUUCCCAGAGCUGGAGUUGUUAUAGAGUAACAGACUUUUUUAUGACUAGAACCACGUACUUUACUUUUUUUUUUUUUUUUUUUUUUUUGCGACUGGGCUAGCCAAGAGUCUGCAUCCACCAGAAAUCUGUCAUGAGAAAAGAGCCUCGUGAAUGACUCACAGAAGACAAAUGCCUUUCUGAGUUAGUAAAAUGACAUCUAGUGGUGAAAGCAGUACAGUGCGGGAUGACUUCAGCCCUAUGCUGAUGACAAAACGAUGACUACUGACUUCUUUAGACACCUUUCUUUUUUUUUUUCAAAAUCCAAGUUCUUUGAAUGUCUGUACCAUAGUCAAAUUUUCAGAAUUUGGUAUUGGCUUCCUAUGUUUGUGUGUUGGGAAUGGGACUCUGGCUUCUCAAGUUAGCCUGUUAUUGUUUGGUAUGAAGUAUGUGUCCUAGAGGCUAGUUUUAGGCUAUUUUGCAUCUAAAGGAUUCAGUACCCAGGAUGGGGAUCAGAUACCGGGGUGCAGCGUCCUAUUAGGCCCAGUUCUGGUCUAGGCAGACAGUGGCCACUGGGAGGCUGUGCAUAGCGGGUCCGAAGCAGCCUGACAGCUGGAGCUGUAUGGCAGGAAGCCUGAGACAAAGUGGGAGGGACGUGUUCGCGGGGCAGGGAUAUUCACCCAGAAACAUGGUGGAAGGUUGUUAGACAUUAGGUGGGGGUGGAAAACAUAGUGUUCCGAGUGGGAGGAGUAUUCCCAGUGGGAGGAGUUAGGGCAGUGACGUGAACGGAAGCUGGAAACUGGGUGUGGGAGGCUGGAAACGUGGGACGAAGAACCAGAAGUGUCAAGGACCUGUCAGGUCCAGAGCUCGCGGCCCUGCCCCGUGGGGAAUCGCGUGGUUCAGACCUGGGGUCAGAGGACACAGAGGACUUCGUGGGAAGCUAAAACUCCAGGCAGCCGCGGGUGCCUUGCGGGGCAUCCUGGAGGAAUCAGCAAUCAGUCGCAAAGCGGCGAGAACCGGAGCCAGGCGGCCCUGGAACCGCCCAGGUGCUUUUUGAAGAAUCACUUUCUCAUGUACAGGGUUCGCUGAUCACCCAGACCUGCUUAUCUGUGGAAACCUAGAAGGUGGAGAGGGAGAACACAGUAGCUAAGGAUCCAGGACUACAAGCUGGCUAUUCAUCAUUCCUGACAGAGAAAUUUAAAGAAGAGAAACAAACAAACAAAAAAAAAUGGCUGAUUCUCCAGUAAACAUGUCCCAGCUUACAUAAUUGGCAAGGACCGCUGACAGGGUCAUACAAGAUGAGUUUUACAGAAGAUGCUCAGACCAGCCAUGAAGCAGACACUGGUCAAGCUGCCUGGACUCUGGAGCACAAGGCACGCUCAUGGAGGAAGUGGCUUAUUAGAUCACUUCUCAACUCAGUUUGACCCAUUGAUAUUAAAGGACCACUAGCCAACUAUUCAUUCUUCCUCAAAGAGAAAAUCAAAGAAGAGACACAGAAAGAAAUGGCUAAAUCUCCAGUAAACAUGUCCAAGCAUCUGUUAACAUUUCGAGAUGUGGCCGUGGACUUCUCCCAGAAGGAGUGGGAGUGCCUGGACUCUGCUCAGAGGGCUUUGUACAUUGACGUGAUGGUGGAGAAUUAUAGCAACCUGGUGUUUGUGGAGAAAUAUUCUGUACGUGAUACUGUCCAUCAACAUGUGAGGACUGAAAAGGAGUCUCGUCAGUGUAAUGAACUUGGUGAAAUGCUUCAUGAACCCACCAACUGUGCACCUUAUAAUACAAGUGACACUACAGAAACCUCUAACAACUACAGAUGCUGUAAUGACCAGGAUGCCUCUGUUGACUCUUCAAACCCAGAUAGACUUAAAAGCGUGCACACUGGAGAAGAACGUUGUGAAUAUAAAGACUGUGAGAAAUCUUCCAGCAUUGCUCAAGAUCAGAGAACAAACAGUGCAAACAAAGAACAGAGACAGGAAAAACAUGGUGGCCAUUUCAGCUCUACACACAGUCUCAAAUCUUCCAGCAUUGCUCAAGAUCAGAGAACAAACAGUGCAAACAAAGAACAGGGACAGGAAAAACAUGGUGGCCAUUUCAGCUCUACACACAGUCUCAUGCAACAAGCAAUCUUCAAUAGAGAGAAACGAUACCAGUGUGGGCAAUGCCAGAGAUGCUUCAGUACCUCCGCAAACCUCACUAUACAUCAGAGAAUUCAUACUGGUGAGAAACCCUACAAGUGCAACUUUUGUGACAAAUCCUUUGCCCAGUGUACAACUCUUAAAACACACCAACGUCUUCAUACUGGAGAGAAACCUUACAAAUGCAAAGAAUGUGGAAAAUCAUUUCCUCAGUUGUCAGCACUUAAAAGCCAUCAGAAAAUGCAUACUGGAGAAAAGCCUUACAAAUGUAAGGAGUGUGACAGAUUCUUUGCCCACUGUUCCAGUUUCAGGAGACAUCAGAAAACUCAUAGAGCUAAGAAACAUACUGGCCCAGAUUGUGGUAAAGACUUGCAUCAGCUUUCACACUUUAAAAGCGAUCACAGACUCCAUACUGGAGAGAACCCGUACAAAUGCAGUGAGUGUGACAGAUCCUUUCCCCACUAUGAAUUAUUUAGAAUUCAUCAAAAAACUCAUUCUUCAGAAAUAGAUUAUGAAUGUGAAGAAUGUGGUAAGUCCUUUACUGAAUUAUUACAACUUAGAAGGCAUUACAAAAUCCAUUCUGGUGCAACACUUUACAAAUGUAGAGACUGUGACAAAUCCUUUACCCAGUAUUCACAUCUUCAAAAACAUCAGACAAUUCAUACUGGAGAGAGACCUUACAAAUGUAAGGAUUGUGAAAAAUCCUUUCUUCAUAACUCACUUCUUAGACGACAUCAGAGUGUUCAUACUGGAGAGAAACCUUAUAAAUGUAAGGAAUGUGACAAAUCUUUUACUAGAAACUCCAUUCUUAGACAACAUCAGAAAAUUCAUACUAAAGAAAAGCCUUACAAAUGUGUAGAAUGUGACAAGUCCUUUACCCAGCUCACAUAUCUAAGAACACACCAAAGAGUUCAUACUAAAGAGAAACCUUACAAUUGUACAGUAUGUGACAAGUCCUUUACAACGGGAGCAACUCUUAGAAUACAUCAGAGAGUUCAUACUGGAGAAAGACCAUACAGAUGUACGGAAUGUGGCAAAUCUUUUCGUGAAGGCACAACUCUUAGAACACAUAAGAAAAUUCAUACUGGUGAGAAACCUUACAAUUGUACUGUAUGUGACAAAUCUUUUAUCAGGUACUCACAUCUCCAAAGACAUCAGAGAGUUCAUACGGGAGAGAAACCUUACAAAUGUAUGGAAUGUGACAAAUCUUUUACUGAGUGCUUUCUUCUUAGAAAGCAUCAGAGAAUUCAUACUGAAGAGAAACCUUACAAAUGCAAAGACUGUGACUUAGCCUUUGUGUGUAUUUCAAAUCUUAGAAAACAUCAGAAAAAUCAUACUGGAGAAAAACAUACUGUUGUAAAUAAUAUGACAUAACAUUUAUGUGGUGUUCCCUGCUUACAAAUCACAAGGGAAUAAGUAGUAGACUCACAAAGAUAACAAGUUUGUGAAAUCCUGUAAUGAAGAUUGAAGUCUUUAAAAAUGUAACAAAGUUUAUAUUAAAAUAAAAAUUCUGUAAAUGUAACUGCAUGGAAAGAUUUUUUUUUUCUUUUUCUAUGUUCAUGAAUGCCUGGCCUGCACUGAUUACAAUAGUUGUAUGGAGUCUAGAAAAUGGUGUGUCUUACCCCUUCCUCCUCUUUCCCUUCUUAUUUCCUAACUACUGCUUCUUCCUCCUUGUUCCCUAAGCUAGAGAUGGUAUGGAGUAACUGACUUUAUUAGGACUAAAACCAUGUAUUUUAUUUAUUUUCUACAUCUAGAAGAGGCAUGAGUCUCGGGAGGCAGAGGCAGGUGGAUUUCUGAGUUUGAGGACAGCCUGGUCUACAAAGUGAGUUCCAGGACAGCCAGGGCUAAACAGAGAAACCCUGUCUCGAAAAACCAAAAAAAAAAAAAAAAAAAAAAAAAAAAACCACAACCAACCAACCAAACAAAAACAAAGAAAAAAGAAAAGCACCUUGUGCAUGAGUCACAGAAGACAAACUCCUGAGUUAGUAAAAUGACAAGAACCCAAUCGCGGUAAAGCAGAGCACUGCAGGAUGCAUUGUACUCUAGGCUGUUAGCAAAGGCCUGACCACUUCUUGAGACACUUAUUUGUGUUUUGAAAAUCCAAGUUCUUUGAAUGUCUGUCCAGAAGUAAAAAUUUCAGAAUUUCA